AGUUGAAAAAAAACCCACCAUGUCCAUGAGACCGUGACUCCGGUGUCUGUGAGGUAAAAUAAUAAAUCGUGAGGCCGCACCUACAAGGCUACAAAAUCCCACUCACAACACAGCCGCCAAAAAUCAAAUCACCGUCUCACCAGUCACCGGUAUUCACUUCAACGCUUCUAAUAAAAUCACUGUUGUUUCAAGUAGAGAGAGAAAGAAGAUUUCGUUAAUUAGGGUUUUUUUUUUUGAAGAAUUCAUCAAUGGCGUGCGUAUAUAUUCCAGUUCAAAACUCUGAGGAAGAAGUUCGAGUUUCUCUUGAUCAAUUACCUCGCGAUGCCACUGACAUUCUCGAUAUUCUCAAAGCUGAACAAGCUCCUCUCGACCUCUGGCUCGUCAUCGCGAGGGAGUAUUUUAAGCAAGGGAAGGUUGAACAAUUUCGCCAAAUAUUGGAAGAAGGUUCAAGCCCUGAAAUCGAUGAAUAUUAUGCGGAUGUGAGAUAUGAAAGGAUUGCCAUUUUAAAUGCGUUGGGCGCGUACUAUAGUUAUAUAGGUAAAAUUGAGACAAGUCUCAAGGAGAAGGAUAACCAUUUUGCUUUAGCAACUCAGUACUAUAAUAGGGCAUCAAGAAUUGACAUGCAUGAAUCGUCUACUUGGGUGGGCAAAGGUCAGCUUUUACUUGCUAAGGGUGAUGUAGAGCAGGCAUUUAAUACAUUCAAGAUUGUACUCGAUGGUGAUCCCGAUAAUGUGCCUGCUCUUCUUGGACAGGCUUCUGUGCAGUUUAAUCGUGCACGUUAUUCUGAGUCCUUGGAAUUGUAUAAGAGAGCCUUGAGAGUGUAUCCUGAUUGCCCUGGAGCUGUCAGACUAGGCAUAGGUCUAUGUCGCUACAAGCUGGGUCAUUUUGAAAAGGCCCGUCAAGCUUUUGAGCGUGUAAUGGAGUUAGAUCCAGAAAAUGUCGAAGCUCUUGUGGCUCUUGGGAUCUUGGAUUUGCAUGCAAAUGAUGCUGCAGGGAUUAGAAAAGGGAUGGAAAAAAUGAUGAUUGCAUUUGACAUAUAUCCCUACAAUGCCUUGUCUUUGAAUUAUCUGGCGAAUCACUUUUUCUUCACUGGUCAACAUUUUUUAGUUGAGCAACUGACAGAAACGGCCUUGGCUGUUACAAAUCACGGACCAACUAAGGCUCAUUCGUACUACAAUUUGGCUCGAUCUUAUCAUAGCAAGGGAGACUAUGAAAAAGCAGGGCGAUACUACAUGGCCUCUGUCAAGGAAAGCAGCAAGCCCCAGGAAUUUGUGUUGCCAUACUAUGGCUUGGGCCAAGUACAGAUCAAAUUGGGAGACUACAGAAGUUCCCUUGCGAAUUUUGAAAAGGUCUUGGAGGUCUAUCCUGAGAACUGUGAAACACUGAAGUCUCUUGGGCACCUUUAUGCUUUACUCCACCAGACGGACAAAGCUUUGGAGGUCUUGAGGAAAGUUACUAGAAUCGAUCCACGUGACGCUCAGGCAUUCUUAGAUCUUGGCGAAAUUUUGACCCCAUCUGAUGCAGGAGCUGCUCUAGAAGCCUACAGAACUGCACGGAGUCUUCUAAGCAAAGUGGGUGAAGAUGUACCAAUAGACCUGCUUAACAACAUUGGGGUUCUUCACUUUGAGAGGGGAGAGUUUGAGCUUGCAGAACAAACUUUCAAGGAUGCUUUAGGUAAUGGUGUAUGGCUCUCAUUAAUCAAUGGCAAAGAAAUAAAUUAUGUUGGGGAUGCAGUCACAGCUUUGCUUCAGUACAAGGACAUCCAGAUAUUUCGUCGUCUUGAGGAAGAAGGCAAUUGUGUGGAACUACCAUGGAACAGAGUUUCAACAAUCUUUAACCUGGCCCGGUUAUUUGAGGAGUUACAUAGAACUCUUAGUGCAAUUUUGUUAUAUCGCCUAAUUUUAUAUAAGUAUCCAGAGUAUGUAGAUGCUCUUUUAAGGCUUGCUGCCAUAGCAAAGGCUCGAAGCAACAUUCAAUUAAGCAUUGAAUUGGUUGGUGAAGCAUUAAGGAUAAAUGAUAAAUGCCCCGGUGCUAUUGCCAUUCUAGGAUGCUUGGAGCUAAAGAAUGAUGAAUGGGUUAGGGCUAAGGAGACUUUCCGUGCUGCUAGUGAGGCUGCUGAUGGGAAGGAUUUUUAUGCUUCUGUUUGUCUGGGAAACUGGAAUUACUUUGCUGCACUUGUAAGUGAAUUAAAGAAACAGGUGAAGCACAUUCCUGUCCAUCUGGAGAAAGCGAAAGAUAUUUAUUCCAAUGUCUUAAAGAAGUGCACCACUAAUUUGUAUGCUGCCAACGGGCUGGGAAUGAUUCUUGCAGAAAAGGGACAAUUUGAUGUUUCCAAAGAAAUAUUUACACAGGUGCAAGAAGCUGGAAGUGGAACAAUUUUUUUUCAGAUGCCAGAUGUGUGGAUAAAUUUGGCACAUGUGUACUUUGCUCAAGGGAAUUAUACGUUGGCUGUAAAAAUGUAUCAUAAUUGCUUGCGGAAGUUUUUCUACAAUACAGAAAGUCAACUUCUCCUGUAUCUUGCCCGGACUCAUUAUGAAGCUGAGCAGUGGCAGGACAGCAAGCGAGCACUACUGAGAGCCAUGCAUUUGUCACCUUCGAAUUAUACCCUUAAAUUCAAUCUUGGUGUUGUGAUGCAGAAGUUUUCAGCAUCCCUGCUGAAUAAGGAAAAGAGGUCUGCAGAUGAGAUGCGCACAACAGUUGCUGAGCUGGAGAUUGCUAUUAGUGUGUUUGGCCAUCUUGCUGUUGCUUUUAAUCAGAAUAUUCAUGGAAUUGAUGAGAAGAAGAUUGAGACACAUGUUAGCUACUGCAAGCACUUACUGGAGGUUGCCAAAGUUUAUAGGGAGGCCGCUGAACUCGAGGAGCAACAGAGCAGGCAGAGACUUGAGCUUGCUCGUCAGGUAACGUUAGCUGAGGAAGCACGUCGUAAGGCUGAAGAACAGCAGAGGCUUCAGGUGGAAAAGAGAAAACAAGAGGAAGAGCUGAAGCGAGUGAGAGAAAUGGAAGAGCGUUUCGAACGUGUCAAGGAGCAAUUGAAGAGCAGCAGUCAACCGUCCAAGCGAAAGGAAAGGGCUCAAAGUGAAGAUGAGGAGGGUGAGCAUAGUGAGAAGAAGAGAAGGAAAGGAGGAAAGAAGAAGAGGAGGGACAAGAGCGAGAAGUUGCAUUAUGAGACUGAAGAACUUGAAGCUAACAGGGUUGAAUUUCAGGAAGAUAUGGAUGAACCCCACAAUGAUUAUGGGGAACCAACUAAUCAGUUCAAUGCGGAGGCAUAUGAUAAUGGUGAAGACCAUGCUCUAGAUCCUCUUGCUGCAGUUGGGCUUGAAGAUUCAGACGCUGAGGAAGAAAUGGGUCCCCCUACAACUGCAAGUCGGCGGAGACAAGCGUGGGCGGAAUCUGAUGAGGAGGAACCUGCAUAUAGGCAGGAAGAUUUUAGCCCAUUAGGAGAGAACACUUCUCAGCAGCAGGAGGGUGGCACUGUAGGAGAAGAUAACGAACAAAAUGUCGAGUUUGAUGAUGAUGUAGAUUAAUUCGAGCGCAUGCUGCAACAAGUUGAAGGACCUGACAUUCUAGAGUUUAGUUUCACUUCUACUUGCGGGUGGUUCUUUAGAAUUUCUUUUCUGAGGGGUUGCAUAGGCCCCUAGAUUCUGUAUAAAAGUUUAUCUUAGGUGUAGCUGAUCAGGCUGGAGCUGUUCAGGAUCCUGCGCGCAAUCUUUUUCUGUACAUUGUUUUUGGAAAAGCCUGCAUUUGGGUCAUUCCUUAAUUUUGUAUCUAUAGCUGUUCUAAUGUUAUUAUUCUGGUGAAUAUUGUAGAAAAUACUCCUGUUGGUUAGCAAAUAAAUUUUGUUUUUGUGUA